AUUUCCGCAUUAGACGAUAAGAAUAGAAAAGCCAAAUCGCAAAACCCUCGGAAAUUAUUUAUUAAACUAGUACCGACAAGUGAUUGCAAGUGUCGCCAUGCAGCUGAAGGUUGUUGUCCUUCUUGUAGUCUUUGCUUUUGUAAGAGCAGAAGAAGAAACGUGUGGUGAAGAAAAGGCUGGUGAAUGUGUAGUGAAGCUCUUAUCCAGUAUUUUAGAAGAAACCACGGAUGAACAAGACUGUGCGACACUGGCUGAGGCGUCAAGUUGCCUGGAAGAAGCUGCUAAAGAAUGCACUGAAGAAACAAGAAAUGAAGAGAUUGAAGGCGGAAGACAAUUCCUCAAAAUAUUGGAAGCAACAAAUUGUCCUCCUGGAGAACUCCCCGAUGACGUUGAAGAGUGUGUAAACGAGCUAGAACCGGAGUUGAUGGCAUGUAUUGAUGAUGGUGUGGCAGAAAUUCUGGAACAAGUCUUAGAUUUGCCAGAGGAGACAGAAAUUAAUGAAGACGAAAUCAAAUGUGGAAUGUACGAAGCUAUUGCCAGAUGUGUUGUGGCAAAAAUAGAGAACAAAUGUGGCGAAGAGGCCAGCUUGGCAGCGUUGAAUGAAAUGAUGAACGAUGAAGAAAUAAAAGAAAGUUGCAAAAAAGGCACAGAAGGUGAAUCCGCUCUUGGUGGGCUAAUGCUCGAUUUGGCGAAAAAAAGAAGGAAAUAAGAUUUUAUCGCAAAAAAUCACAAUUUAUAUCAUUCGAGGCAAUUCUGAAAGCUAAUGUCAUUCUAAUUCUUUACGUAAUUACUUAUAGUACUUUAUUGCCUGUCUGCUUGAAUUCUUUUUAAAAUAUAAAAUAUUUUUUUUUAAUUCCUUGGAA